CCCACCGACAGCAGCUCCUCAACCUCGCCCAGCCAUCCCCGAGACCGCAUUCCGAUACCCAAAUUACUACUCUGCUUCUAAUCCAACAUGAGAGAAGUCAUCAGUCUGAACGUCGGCCAGGCCGGUUGCCAGAUCGCAAACUCUUGCUGGGAGCUCUACUGCCUCGAGCACGGUAUCCAGCCUGAUGGUUUCCUCACCGAGGAGCGCAAGGCCCUGAACGACGACCACGGCUUCAGCACCUUCUUCUCCGAGACUGGUCAGGGCAAGUAUGUCCCCCGUACCAUCUACGCCGAUCUUGAGCCCAACGUCGUCGACGAGGUCCGCACCGGCCCUUACCGCUCCCUCUUCCACCCCGAGCAGAUGAUCACAGGCAAGGAGGAUGCCUCAAACAACUACGCCCGUGGUCACUACACCGUCGGAAAGGAGCUCAUCGACCAGGUCCUCGACAAGGUCCGCCGCGUUGCCGACAACUGCUCCGGUCUGCAAGGUUUCCUCGUCUUCCACUCCUUCGGUGGAGGAACUGGUUCCGGUUUCGGUGCCCUGUUGAUGGAGCGUCUGUCUGUCGACUACGGCAAGAAGUGCAAGCUCGAGUUCUGUGUCUACCCAGCUCCCCAGGUUGCCACAUCCGUUGUUGAGCCAUACAACUCCAUCCUCACCACCCACACUACCCUUGAGCACUCCGACUGCUCCUUCAUGGUCGACAACGAGGCCAUCUACGACAUCUGCCGCAGGAACCUCGGAAUUGAGCGCCCCAACUACGAGAACCUCAACCGUCUCAUUGCUCAGGUCGUCUCAUCCAUCACCGCCUCGCUCCGAUUCGACGGUUCCCUCAACGUCGACCUGAACGAGUUCCAGACCAACUUGGUCCCUUACCCCCGUAUUCACUUCCCUCUCGUCGCCUAUGCUCCCGUCAUCUCCGCUGCCAAGGCCGCCCACGAGGCCAACUCGGUCAUGGAGAUCACCAACGCCUGCUUCGAGCCCAACAACCAGAUGGUCAAGUGCGACCCUCGCAACGGAAAGUACAUGGCUACCUGCCUGUUGUACCGUGGCGACGUUGUCCCCAAGGACACCCACGCUGCCAUCGCCCAGGUCAAGACCAAGCGUACCGUUCAGUUCGUCGACUGGUGCCCGACUGGUUUCAAGGUUGGUAUCUGCUACCAGCCUCCUCAGAUGGUCCCCAACGGCGACCUCGCCGCCGUCAACCGCGCCGUCUGCAUGUUGUCCAACACCACGGCCAUCAGCGAGGCCUGGUCUGCUCUCUCGCACAAGUUCGACCUCAUGUACAGCAAGCGCGCUUUCGUCCACUGGUACGUUGGUGAGGGUAUGGAGGAGGGUGAAUUCUCUGAAGCCCGCGAAGAUCUCGCAGCUUUGGAGCGGGACUACGAUGAGGUUGCUGCGGAUAGCCUUGGUGACGAAGAAGUCGAGGCAGAGUACUAAGGUACAUUUCACAUGCACAAGGACACAAGGAGUAAGUUCACGAGUAAUAGAGAGCGGAUAGUGAGUAGUUAAUUACUGAGUUUAAUACUUUGCGCUUUUCUUUUAAAAUUGAUGUUCAUUACCGUACCGUGUAUGGCGGGGUACAAGGAUAGAGUGUUAUGAGACUUGUGACUAUGCUGAAAUUGGACACGCUGGUAUCGACUAACGCCGUGUUGAAUGAUGAUUGAGCGACACCUACGUGUUUGAUGAACAGCAUUUGUGUAUGAAAGCGUGAUCAUAGGCUGUUUGUACAAAAG